AUGGUGGGCGUGAUUCUGGGAUCCAAGCGGCUCGGGAUCAACCCUGACAACGUGGCUACGCCGAUGGCCGCCAGUUUGGGAGACCUUUGGAGAUCAUCACGAAGAAGUAAAGACCAAAACGAAGCGGGAAAAGUCAAAACAAAAAUGGAUGUCAAAGAUGUGUCUGAGGAAAAUGACUGUUUCCCCGAGUCAACAUUGGAAAUAUACGAGACACAGUUUUUCGGCUACACGCCGCAGACAUUUAUGUUUCGGCUUUCCAGUGCCUUCAUGGAGUCUCUGUGCAACAUCUUGAGCGUAGUGGAGCGAGUAUGCGUACGACAACUGAAUAAAGGCAAAUCGGACGCGGCGAAAGAGGAGCAGCUACGCGUACAAGCCAGAAAGUGUAGCAGCAAACUGCAAGCGUUUGUUAGGGAGCGCUUCAAGCAGUUGUCGGAGCGGAUGGAGACUAUGAUCGUCAGCCGCUGUUUUGCCAUACCGCCUAAUGUCCUGCUGAAGGAGGACGAGCUUCACAAAAAUCAUCCUUCAAACACACAGGAGAUGCUCAGACUAGAGUCAUCUUUGGCGGAGCUCCGCAAGACUUAUAAGGCAGAAGUGUGUGCUCGACAUGCGCUGCAAUCUGAGCUUGAGGAGCAAGAGGCAGUACAGAAGCAGCUGGAUCGCUUCCUGGACUGGAUCGGAGUGCUCCAGGUUGCCCGUCUCAUGAGAGGAGUUGACAGCGUCCAGGAAAGUUCCCAACUGGUGAUGGCAUCAGUACAGAAAUUGCAGAAAAGCAUCUUGGAGGUGCGCAACAAGACACCUUGUACUCACUGA